AUGCCUCGCUCAGUAUUCUCGUGGCUUCGGGGGCUAUACUCUCUUGAUACUCUAGACACUCGUCUUACUGUCUCUUCCACUACUCCGCCCAAGGUCACCGCAGGCGAUACGCGACCGGCCUCUGCCAGAGAUGCCCGCGCACAAGCGAUUGCUCGCAAUGCCUCCCCUCCGAAAUGGCAGACAUUCGAGUUCUACAUCUACUACGUCGUCUUUCUCAUCGCUGUGCCAUUGAUGUUCAUAACGGCCAUCGGUGUAUCUCAAGAAAGCCAUCCUACAUAUUCAACUUACUCUGACCUACUGUCUCCUGGCUGGAUCCUUGGGCGCAAAGUUGAUAACUCCGAUGCUCAGUACUCGUCGUUCCGCGACAACAUACCCUACCUGCUGGUGCUACUAGUCGGUCAUCCGUUGCUUCGCCGCGUGUAUAAUUCCUAUGUGCACCCAGUCAAUACAGAUGCCGGCCCCUCUAAGCCUUCCACAGCAGCCCUUGCCGGGGAUGCGCGUCUCACCCAGCGGACAGGCUUCGACUUCUACUUUGCACUAGUGUUCAUCGCAGCUCUCCACGGUGUCUCCGCUCUGAAAGUCCUCGCCAUUCUAUACGUGAACUACAAAAUCGCCAAAAUUUUACCCCGCAAAUAUAUUCCUGCGGCGACCUGGACAUUCAACAUUGGAACGCUCUUUGCCAAUGAACUCUGCGCCGGCUACCCACUCGAACGAGUGGCUGCUUUAUUAGCGUCUCAAGGUGGUGCAGAACAGGAUGCACCAUUGGUACUCUGGGGCCGUUUUCUUGACGGAUUUGGAGGUAUAAUGCCUCGGUGGGAGAUCCUCUUCAACAUUACGAUCCUCAGGUUGAUUAGCUUCAACAUGGAUUACUAUUGGAGUCUUGAUUACCCUGCCGGCAGUCCUAUCGAAAAGAAACAAGUCGACCCCGCAGCCCUAUCGGAGCGUGAUCGUGUCAAUAUCCCCGCGGAGCCGUCCGCGUUCAAUGGGCGUUACUACCUCGCCUACGUUCUAUACGCACCGCUUUACCUGACCGGUCCCAUUGUGACAUUCAACGACUACAUUUCUCAGCAAAGAUUUGCACCACCGUCUCUUACCCGGACUCGAACCAUCCUUUAUGGCGUUCGCUUUUUCCUAACGCUCUUUGCCAUGGAGCUGAUCCUGCAUUAUAUCUACGCCGUGGCCAUUUCUAAAGCCUCUCCUGACUGGUCCCUGUACACAGCCGGUCAACUCAGCAUGUUGGCGUACUUCAAUCUGCAUAUCAUCUGGCUUAAGUUAUUGAUCCCUUGGCGGUUCUUCCGUCUUUGGGCUUUAGUCGAUGGAAUCGACCCCACGGAGAACAUGAUACGCUGUGUCUCAAACAACUACUCUCCGUCGUCCUUUUGGCGUGCAUGGCACCGCUCCUUCAACCGUUGGAUCGUGCGCUAUCUGUACGUGCCUCUGGGUGGAGGUAGCAGGGGCAGUGCUGGCCAUGGUAAAUCUUCCGGGAUGUACGCCAAAGCCCGCCAAAUCCUCAACACGCUCAUUGUCUUCACCUUUGUUGCUCUCUGGCAUGACAUCAACCCCCGUCUCCUCAUGUGGGGCUGGCUCAUUACCCUCUUCGUCCUGCCAGAAGUCAUUGGCAAGUUGCUAUUCCCAGCCAGCAGGUGGCGCUCACAACCCACAGCGUAUCGCUUCAUCUGCGGAGUUGGAGCCGUCGGCAACGUCCUAAUGAUGAUGAUCGCCAACCUGGUCGGAUUUGCCUUGGGUAUGGAUGGAUUGAAUGGCCUUUUGGCUGGCAUAUUGGGGUCUUGGGCCGGCAUCGCUUACCUCAUAUCCGCGUGCUGUGCUCUAUUCGUUGGAGUCCAGGUCAUGUUUGAGAUCCGUGAGGAGGAAGCACGAGCUGGUAUUAACUUGAAGUAUUGA